AUGGCUGCAGAGAUUUUACUUGGGCAAUUAAAUGGCAAAUCAACAAAUGAAGAAGUUAAAGAAGUUCUUAGACAAGCAUUUAUAGCUGUGGAAAGAGGAUAUUUAGAUUCAAUUGGAGAUCUUUUAGCUGAAAGAACUAGUUUACAAUUUGAUAUACCUGAUGGUUUAAAUUCCUAUGAAACAUAUCAAAAAUUUCCUCAUUUGGUUGAUAAGUUAAAUGCACUAAAUUGUGAGUUGUCAGUAGGUACUAGUGCAGUUGUAGCUCUUAUAUAUCAUGGAAGAUUGUAUGUUGCAAAUAUUGGUGAUAGUAGAGCUUUAUUAUGUAAAACUGAUUCUAAUGAAGUAUUAAGAGUUGUACAAUUAAGUGUAGACCAUGACUUAAGAAAUGAAGAUGAACUGUUGAGACUAUCUCAUUUAGAAUUGGAUAUUGAAUCUAUAAGACAAGGAUCUCGUCUUGGAAAUCAAGAAACUACGCGUUGUCUUGGAAACUAUCUUGUUAAAGGGGGGUAUAGAGAAUUUGAAGAAUUAGCAUCUGCCACAGCAGAACCUGUCAUUGCUGAACCAGAAAUUCAUGGUGGGAUAGAACUUGAUGAUUCUUGCAAAUUUUUGUUACUUAUGUCUCGUGGACUUUAUAAGUCAUUAGAAGAAGUAACUGGAGUUGAUCAAGUUAAUAUAAAAUUAAUUAAUUUUGCUGUUCAGGAGUUUCAAGCACAGUCCACUCUAACAGGAGUUGCUCAAGCGGUCGUAGAUAAAGUUGUAAGAAUUCAUCAUGAUAAUAAUAUGAGUAACUUACAUAGUACAAUAACUAGUGGUAAACGAGAUGAUAUUACUCUUCUCGUACGAAAUUUUAAUUUUCCGCUUCCUCAUGCAUUAAGAAGCCCUACUAAUCAAUCAGUCAGAUUUAAUCCAAUUGUAGAAUCUGCUCCAAUUACAACAAUACCAGGGAAUGAUUAUUCAAGUACUGGUAUUACAGAAGAAAAUUCUGAUUUUUCAACAACUGAAACUUCAUCAACAUCUGAUAUAUAUCCUCCAGGUACAAGAUCGACAAACAGAAAUACCAGAAUUAAGUCUUAUGUAAACUUUUCUGAAUACUAUGAAAACGUUGAAAAGAGACGUCGAGAAGGGACAUUACCAGAAGGUAUAAAUUUUUUAUAA